AUGGGUCUCUUUGAAGACCUUGCCGGGCCCCUCGCCCAACGGGCCUCUGAACUUUCGACCGCGUCGCAGGUUGGCGCAGCCGCGGCCGCCUUCCUCUUCCUCUCCGUCGUAUGGCACAUCACGAAGCAGGUGCUGUUCAAGAACCCCAAUGAACCUCCCAUGGUCUUCUCCUGGUUCCCCGUCGUGGGCAGCACCGUCACCUACGGCAUGGACCCUCCGCGCUUCUUCAAGGAGAACAGAGAAAAGUACGGCGAUAUCUUCACCUUUAUCCUGCUCGGCAAGAAGACCACUGUCUACGUUGGUACUCAGGGCAACGACUUUAUCCUGAACGGAAAGCUCAAGGAUGUCAAUGCCGAAGAUAUCUACUCGGUUCUGACUACUCCCGUCUUUGGCAAGGACGUCGUCUACGAUUGCCCCAACGCCAAGCUCAUGGAGCAGAAAAAGUUCAUGAAAGUCGCCUUGACCACCCAAGCUUUCCAGUCCUAUGUUCCCAUCAUCGCCGACGAGGUCGCUAGCUACUUUAAGAAGAGCUCCGACUUCAAGGGCAAGUCUGGCACUGUCAACAUUCCUCCCAAGAUGGCCCAGCUCACCAUCUUCACCGCAUCGCAUUCACUCCAGGGCAAGGAAAUUCGCGACAAGUUUGACGAGUCGCUGGCCGAUCUGUACCACGACCUCGACAUGGGAUUCAGCGCCGUCAACUUUAUGCUUCACUGGGCUCCUCUUCCCUGGAACAACAAGCGGGACUACGCUCAGCGCACCAUUGCCAAGAUCUACAUGGACACAAUGAAGGAACGUCGCGAGACGGGCAAGACUGACGGCCAGGACAUGAUGAGCCACCUCAUGCGCUCUCAGUACAAGACUGGUGUCACUCCCCCUGAUCACGAGAUUGCCCACAUGAUGAUUGCCCUCCUCAUGGCCGGCCAGCACUCGUCGUCGUCUACCAGCUCCUGGAUCAUGCUCUACCUUGCUGCUCGCCCCGACAUUAUGGAGGACCUUUACCGUGAGCAGGUUGAGAACCUCGGAGCCGACCUGCCACCUUUGAAGUACGAGGAUCUUGCCAAGCUGCCCCUGAACCAGAACAUCAUCAAGGAGACCCUGCGACUCAAUGCCCCGAUCCACUCCAUCAUGCGUGCCGUCAAGCAGCCCAUGCCUGUUCCCGGUACCAAGUAUGUCAUUCCUACCGACCAUGUUCUUCUCGCCGCGGCUGGCGUCUCGGCUACGGAUCCGCAGUACUUCCCGGAGCCUGAUCUGUGGGAGCCGCACCGUUGGGACAAGGACCACCCUCUCUCUCCCAGGAUCUCCCAGACCCAGGGCGACGAGGAGGAGACGAUUGAUUACGGAUACGGAUUGGUCAGCAAGGGUUCUCAGUCCCCUUACCUGCCCUUUGGUGCCGGAAGGCAUCGAUGCAUUGGCGAGCACUUUGCCAAUGUGCAACUCCAGACAAUUGUGGCCAUGGUUGUUCGCGAAUUCAAGUUCAGAAACACAGACGGUAGCAACACGGUCAUUGGCACAGACUACCAGUCGCUGUUCUCUAGGCCACUGGAGCCAGCCAACAUUUACUGGGAGAAGCGAAACCCAUAG